UCGAUUUAGUUCGUUGGUGUACUGUAAGUUCUUCAGCUUGGCCCUCGAAGUCCGAAUAGCCGUCCAUGGCACCUACCCCUACGGAGCAGUUUCGCGACUGACCGCAUAGACGAUCAAGAAGAACUCCAGGUCGCCUGCAAACAUGUCGCAAAACCGUCUGAGGCCUCUGGCCCCUGCGCCACCGAUUUGCCCCGCUCAGAUUUCCGACCCGAACAACUUUCGAUUACCGACCAAACAGCGACGGAAUACCACAACAGCAUGCACCGCUUGUCAAAAACGUCGUACCAAGGUGCGUCUAUCUCAAGUACCGUUCUCCGUGGUUUUCUCUGCAAAUGGUACCCUCAACUCGGACAGGAGAGCCUCGGAUAUGCACCUACCACCGCUCGCUCGACUUCUCGGUGUCUGCGUUCCUGCCAGGCUGUGUAACUAUUCCUGAAUAAGUUCUCUCAUUCGGCAGACUGAAUCCCAACCAACAUCAAGUUACGAGAUCCCAGCUCAUAAAUGGCUGCAAAUAGUGUGAUGAUUAUACCCCUUGUGCAGCCUGUUUGGCGAGACAAACAGAUUGUAUCCGCGAAACGGAAAAGGAUGGCCGCAGGAGGAUGGUAUGGAAGGAAAAGGUCGAAGAGUUGGAAUUGGAUCGAAAAAUGCUCUCCGAUUUGAUGGAGGCGAUCCGAAAUGGUGAAAAAGAUCAGGUGGAAAACCUUGUUGGUAUAAUCCGAACGACUACGUCGAAUGAGCAAGUCUCCAGCUAUAUUUCCACGAACUUUUCUCGCGCAGCAGAGGAAGGACCGCCCUACAAGGCUUCAACAUGCCAGCAACCGCUACAGUCACCUGCAAGUCGUUUGUUCAGAGCCACAUUGGGAACCGCUAUGCCCUUGUUCAAGGUGCCAGCCAAACCUUGGACGACCGUCACAGAUGAUGACGGGCUCGUGUCGCAUCUCCUAUCACUAUGGUUUACAUGGCGCCAUUGGUGCUAUCCGUUUAUUGAUCGCGAUACUAUAGUCUCGGCCAUGCAAUCUGGACGCGAGAAUGAUGGAAUAUGUACGGCAGCUUUGGUGAAUAUGAUCCUGGCAGAUUCUUGCUUUGAUUAUGACAUUCUGGACAACGGUCAUGUACCUCCGUCGAACGAGAAACCCCUACAAGAUCUCUUUUACGAGGAAGCCAAGAGAUAUGCAGAGACAACAACGCAGAAGAGACUCAUACCGUCGAUACAGUUCAUGGCGAUCCAAUGGAUGUUUUUAGAAAACCGCGGUAUUAAUAAGCUCGCCAAUGUUAUCAUGCGAGAUAUGAUCGACCAUCUAAAGCAGUUCAAAAAGCCUAGUCAAUAUCGAGAGGCCAUGACACAACCUGGAAAAGAGCCAGUCUCUAGUGCGCAGCAACUUGCAGCAUACACUGGCUGGGCUGUGUUCGCCUCUACCACUGCUGCAACUUUUGCGGUCCGAAACCGACCUGUGAUGGAACCUCCUACCAACUGGAAGGCUCCUCUCCAUCGAGGGAACUUGACUGACGUGUGGUCACCCUACCCCCGUGAUAACCUUCCUGCAGUUCCCCAUCCCAUUUGUUACCUUCAACACCUGAGCGGUUUGUACGAUAUCUGCUACCACAUCAGUCAGCGUGUUUUCAUCGACGACAAUGUGAAUAUCAAAACCGUCACGUGUGACAAUCUGGAAGAGCUUCAUCGUGACUUAACAGUUUGGUACGACAAUAUCUCGGAUUGUGUCCAAGUUACGGGAUUCAAAACACCCCAUACUUUGAGUUUAUAUGCCCAGUAUCACUGGGCUGUGUUGGUAUUAUCAGAAAUGACAUUGACACUACUAGCUGAGGAUGAAGACGAUUCCACUCUCGGUCUUCUCGUUCCUGUUGUACGAGCGCAAAACAUGACCUCAGCCCUGGCCAUAGCCGACCUUGUCCACCUUCAGUCCGUGAACUGGGGCGUCGACCAUAUCCCUAUUAGCUUUCUUCAGCCAGUCAACGCGGCCUUGUCUGUCGUCGUCAACGACGUCAAUGGCGAUCAGUGCAAAUCGUCCUUUGUGAAACUGGCUGUAGCUUUGCACGGUCUGUCUCGCCGUUCGGUUUCCGCAGAGAGUAUGUUGCGUGAUUUACAUCUCAGAAUACGUCAACUGCAGCUUAUGUCGUCGAACCAUGUGGAAAACAUGUUCAAAGACGCCGAUGUCCACUUUGAAGGCAGUGUUGUUUCACCUGCUGUUGGUAUGGCGGCUACAGGUGAAGCUGCGAGAGCAUUUGGUGACGGCCUGAUGGCGGAAUCUUAUGAGGCAUUGGUGGAAAAAUGGAGCCGAUUUCUUACUAGAGCUUCAUCUUCUUCAGAUUCAUCAUCCAGCUGGCAGAACGACAAAUGAUUUUUCGACGUACAGCGUUCAGUACCAUAGACGAGCUCGGCUCUAUAGAAGGUUGUCCAAGUUGCGUGGUAUCCAAGAUCUGCGGAGCAAGGUCUUCAAGUGCCUGAGAGUUGGCUAGCCGACGAACCUGAGCGGCCAAAGCUCUGGCAUCUCAUCAUCGUGGAUGCCAGUAUGUUGAUCAAUAAUAAGUCGCCUUGAGUCUUUGGGCGGUUGAGUUCUUUGAGUCAAAACUUCCAGUUGUUCAAGAUGUGGGGAAUAGAUGCCUUCCGUAACUCCGCUGACAGAUUUUCCGUGG